GCCGGGCCGGGCCGGGCCGCUCGGGCGGCAGCACCAUGGACAGCGGCGCCGCGGGGCGCCUCGACGCCGCCGCCUUCCUCGGCGCCUGGCGACGCUGCGAUGCCGACGAUAACGGUUACAUAGAAGGGAAGGAGCUUGACAAUUUUUUUCAUCAUCUCCUGGAGAAACUGGGACCAAAAGGCGCCAUCACAGAAGAAAAAGUUGAGAGGAUGAAGGAGCAAUUCAUGUCCACCUACGAUGUCACUGCAGAUGGACGCCUAGAAAUCCGAGAGCUUGCAAAUAUGAUCUUGCCAGAUGAUGAGAACUUUCUGCUGCUUUUCCGACGGGAAACUCCCUUGGACAACAGCGUGGAAUUUAUGCGGAUCUGGCGCAGUUAUGAUGCUGAUAGCAGUGGAUUUAUUUCAGCUGGUGAGCUCAAAGAUUUUCUGCGAGAUCUCUUCUUGCAGCAUAACAAGAUGGUUGCUGAGGCAAAGCUGGAAGAAUAUACCGAUACAAUGAUGAAAAUCUUUGACAAAAACAAAGAUGGACGGCUGGACCUGAAUGACCUGGCAAGGAUUCUGGCGCUUCAGGAAAAUUUCCUUCUUCAAUUUAAAAUGGAUGCUUGCAGCACAGAAGAAAGGAGGAGAGAUUUUGAGAAAAUCUUUGCACAUUAUGACGUUAGUAAGACAGGAGCCCUUGAAGGCCCAGAAGUGGAUGGGUUUGUCAAAGAUAUGAUGGAACUGGUCAAGCCCAGCAUCAGUGGAGUGGACCUGGAUAAAUUCCGCCAGAUUCUGCUCAACCAUUGUGAUGUGAACAAGGAUGGAAAAAUUCAAAAAUCUGAACUGGCCUUGUGUCUUGGGCUUAAAAUGAACCCGUAGACGUGACUAUGCUUAUGGCUGUGCUUCCCUCAUGCGAGCCUGCCGCUCCUCGUAGAAGUGUUUCAGUGCUGUGUAACUAUGUGGGAGGUGGGGAACAGGGGCACCUUGCUGCAAGGCUGAAGAGCAUCUGUACAAAAAUGCAGCAGAAUGAGAAAUACGUGGAGGGCCUCUCUGCUCAGUAACUAGAUUUGUGGUGUUCAAUAGAUGCUGUUGCUCAUGGGGUUCUUUAACAGGAUCUCUAUCCACAGGCAUACCAGUUUCUCAAAACAGGGGGAUGCUGUUCUACUCCUGCCUCCAUAAAAUACUGUCCUACUAGUCUUCUAGAAUAGGAGACACGUAUCUCCUUAAAAAUGUAUCAUCAGUGCUCUCAGACUGCAGCUACUAAGUGGUUUUGGUGGUUGUGAAGUCAUUACUCUGGUAAAAAAAAAUAAGCAUUAUGCUUUGUUUGUGCAUUUAAAAUAUUGGAUGGAUGACAGUGUAUUUGUGCAGAAAUAAAAAUGGCAGUU